CUCCCCUGCGAGCUGCGCACCGGCGGCCGGCUGACCCAGCAGCCCGCGUCCGCGCCCUUGUCCGCGCGCCCCGGCCGCGGGCUCCAGUCGGCCGGCAGAAUGAGCGGCGGCGGCGACGUGGUGUGCACCGGCUGGCUGAGGAAAUCGCCCCCCGAGAAGAAGUUGAGGCGCUAUGCCUGGAAGAAACGCUGGUUUAUCCUGCGGAGUGGCCGGAUGAGUGGUGACCCAGAUGUUCUGGAAUACUACAAGAAUGAUCAUUCCAAAAAACCUCUGAGAAUCAUCAACCUGAAUUUCUGUGAGCAGGUGGAUGCAGGCCUGACCUUCAACAAGAAGGAGUUGCAGGAUAGUUUUGUGUUUGAUAUCAAGACCAGUGAGCGCACCUUUUACCUGGUGGCUGAGACAGAGGAAGACAUGAAUAAGUGGGUCCAGAGCAUCUGCCAGAUCUGUGGAUUCAAUCAGGCUGAGGAGAGCACAGAUCCAAGUCUUCCCAGAUAUGAAGCCAGUGACUGGAGCCCUACCGCCCACUGGAAGUCUUCUGGGUUACCAGUGGUUGUCUGCCUGAAUUUCUGAAGAAAACCCACUUCUUCUUCCCUCAAACCUGCUUCCUCCUACUCUUGGACUCUGCUGCCCACAUUUUUAGGUGAUGCCCCAGCUUGUGUUCUGUGCUCAUGCACUCAGCCCACACCAUAAAGUACCAGCCCCAUUAGUGAACUCCUGAGCCUUUCUCUGGUCUCCAGCUUAGGUUCUCUCUGCUAAACUUGUUUUGAAACUCUUCAUAGUGACUCUCUGCCGCCUCCAUUUUCAGCAAGAGUUACCUGAUUUUAGCUGAACCACAGCUGACUCUGUGCCAAGAUGUAUCU